AUGUCACAAAAUCACCCAAAUCAUCAAAAUAUUCCUUCCAAUAUUCCUUUUCAAUUAAAUAUUGUCAAUUCUACAAAUACUUCAAUUCCUUCCUUUAAUUAUUUAACUGAACAACAACCCAACGAUGUUUACGAAUUUAAUGACAGUCCGGAAGAGGACAAAAUGGCGGCGCCAAUGACUUCAAACUAUUUUCAAAAUGUAUCUCCAAAUAUGGGAACGUCUUUUAAUCAAUACAAGAGUCCAAUUACAGCCUCUCCAAGCUUUUCAACAACCCCUAAACGAAUAAAAACGGCCAUGCUUGCAAAAAAGUUAGUUGCCGCUGCUGCAGUGGAGUCCUCUUCAGCCUCCAACAAGUUAAAUCUGGUGGAAAGUUUGCCUGAACCAAAACCCGAAACUGUGGAAUUUUGUCAAAAAAUUGAAAAUCAAGUCAAAAGGGAAGAGUAUUACGAAAAAGAAGGGACUGAAUUAAAAAUUGGAAACGAAUUAAAAAUUGAAGGAUCUGAUGAAAUUAAACAACCUUUACAACAACCACACAGAGCCUAUUCUUUUACUUGUGGAGGGGUGCAAGAACAAAAAAAGGUCCCUCCUCUAAGAAUUUCUUUAAUAAAAACGCCCAGUGAAGAUGGGGAGUCACAGCCAGUAUUGUAUUCACCAGUCAGUUCUGUUCGAAAAACUAAGAGGGCAACUGGUGGACGUUCAAAUACUACUAGUUCAAAGAAGGAGGAAAUGAGGAGAGUGACAAGGAGCAGAGUUCGCCAAACAAAUAAUUUAAAUGAUGGAGACGAUAGCCACCAGCAACCCCAACCUUAUAGAAAACGUCCAAAACGAACAUUAGAAAAUUAUAAUUCUUCAAAUAUUGGAUUUUUGGAGGAAGAAGAUGCUAGUAGUGCUGCUGAGGGUGCCUGUGAAGAUAAUUUAAUGAUAGAUGAGGACGAAAAUGAUGAACAAAAAAAUGAGGAGAAUUCACAGCAUAGCAGUUCUAAAAGUGUUUCUGAAGUUCACAGCGCUAGCCGUUCUACAAGUAUUUCUGCAUUGGCAAGUGGAAAAGAACAAUCGCAACAAAAUUUGGAAAAUGAAAAGAAUAAUAAUAAUGGAGGAAAUGAUGCAAGUACUACAACAACAACAACCCCUUCUGUUGCUGCUACUCUUUUUGCUAAAAAUAGUUUUGAACAAAGUAUUUGUUAUGAAACAAUGAUGCACAAUAAAUGGACACAAAAUUAUGUUGAACAUUUAGCUUUUCUGAUAGAAACAAUGCAAAGUACAGAUGAAAGUCAAGGGACGAGGUCUGCAAAGACAAAAAAUUUUUCUUCAAGUGGACAUGAAAAACAAAAUAAUGAGAUUUGUAAAGAUUUACCAGAAGUUCUUAAAAAACUCUUUUUGGAACAAGAGAAGCGAAGGCAUGAAUUGGCAGAAGAACACAAUUUAGAUAAAGAAAGGAUAACCCAAAUGGCAGAGAGAGAAAUGUGUAGAAUUGGGGCUGAUAGAAAGAAACAACUUUUUCCUGUUGGUUAG